AUGCAGCGAAUCUGGCUGUCUUUACUGUCCGGCCUCUGCCUCCACCUCGCUUUCUUCAGCACCGCCGAGCAAGGUCUGGAGUUCCCCAACUUCGACGGGAAGGACAGGGUGCUGGACAUCAAUGAGCGCAACUACAAGAAGGCCCUGAAGAGAUACGACAUGCUGUGCCUGUUCUACCACGAACCGCUGCCGGCCAAUAAGGGCCUGCAGAAGCGGUUUCAGAUGACCGAGCUGGUGCUGGAGUUGACAGCUCAGGUCCUAGAGGAUAAAGACAUCGGCUUUGGAAUGGUGGACUCACAGAAGGAUGCCAAAGUGGCCAAAAAACUGGGUCUGGAGGAAGUUGGGAGUGUAUAUGUCUUCAAGGACGACCGUGUCAUCGAGUUUGACGGGGAGCUGUCCGCUGACACCCUGGUGGAGUUUCUUUUGGAUGUGCUGGAGGACCCAGUGGAGCUCAUCAGCAACGCCAUGGAGCUGCGGGCCUUCGAACGGAUGGAGGAGGACAUCCGCCUCAUUGGCUACUUCAGGGGAGAGGAUUCAUAUUACAAAGCUUUUCAGGAAGCCUCCGAACGUUUUCAGCCCUACAUCAAAUUCUUUGCCACAUUUGAUAAAGCUGUAGCGAAGCAGCUCUCGCUGAAGAUGAAUGAGGUGAAUUUCUACGAGCCCUUCAUGGAGGAGCCGGCCAUCCUCCCCGGCAGGCCCCUCUCGGAGAUGGACAUCGUCGACUUCGUCCACCAACACAGGAGGGCUACGCUGAGGAAGCUGCGGGCCGAGAACAUGUUUGAGACCUGGGAGGACGACAUGGACGGUAUACACAUAGUUGCCUUCGCAGAGGAGGAGGACCCAGAUGGCUACGAGUUUCUGGAGAUCCUGAAGGAUGUGGCCAGAGACAACACCAACAACCCGGAGCUCAGCAUAGUCUGGAUCGACCCCGAUGACUUCCCCCUGCUGACCACAUACUGGGAGAAAACCUUCAAGCUGGACCUGUUCAGACCUCAGAUCGGAGUGGUCAACGUCACCGAUGCGGACAGCGUCUGGCUCGACAUGUCGAACGACGAGGACCUGCCCACGGCGGAGGAGCUAGAGGACUGGAUCGAGGACGUCCUGUCCGGCAAGGUGAACACGGAGGACGAUGAUGAGUAUGCCGACGAGCGGGACGACCCCGACGACCCCAUAGUGGAUGACAGCUACGACCACCAUGACGAAGACGAAGACGCCGAUGACUAG